UCUUUCUCUCCGUCUCUCUCCCACCCUUUCUCUCUCCGCCCUCGUCCUCGUGGUCGUUCAGACACGCGCGCGCGUCAACGCGUUAACGGGAGUGCGCUGUCACUAUCGAGAAACGUCAUUUCGCGGAUCCCGUGGCGGCCGACCAGCGAUCAGCGGCACUCGGUCGCGCGCGCGCGCGCUUUUUAACCUCUCUGCGGGAGCGCCUCCUUUCGCGUCUUGUGCGCGAUAUGUUAACUCUGAAAACGAUCUGUACGUGGGAUCCGUCGCGAGUGUCAUUUAGCCAGCAAGAUCAACGAAAGUGCUCCGUCUCGACAAGUGGCCAUUUGUAAGGAGAAGAAAAAUUGCCGAGGUCUAAAGCGGCAUCGAACGACGAUGCCAAAUCGUUGGAAAAAACAUUGUCCUAUAACAGAGAGAUGUAAACAUAAUCGUCGCGUAAUGCGCAGAGAGUGAUCGGAAUAGUUUCGAACUUCGUCCGAUGUUUUCGUUUGGGAAUCACGCUGUCGCGAGAAUUCGAAGAAUACCGUCGAUGAUCCGUGAUUCAAACUCGAGAUCGAAUGUUUCUUCUUGUUCGCGUUAGUGCUUUUCGAUAUACCUAACGAAUCUGUUUUUCGCAGGACGCAAUGUUUGCAGCGACAUUCAAGGAGCCCCCGGCAGUCUCCUGGUGCCGGAUAGUGUUUCGCGUACGGAACUCGCUAAACUCGACGCGCGGGACGUCAGCGCGAUUCCGAUGUACGUGACUGUCGAUAUCGUGGAACCUGGUUACCGUGAAUGACAGUAGUGCUCCUCCGUUCUGGAAACAAGACAGAUUCAAAUUCUGAGACGGAAAUACAUAAUCAACGAGAUACCAUCACUUCUUCACCAAAACGCAUCGAAACAUUCGCAGAUUGGAUAGUUCUUCGGGAGCCGCGACAAGAGGACAACCCGGGGACAAUCUAAAUCGAUUCAUCACGAAAGAUGAUAGCACCAUUUCGCUCUAUCUGAAGAGACUCCAGACUCUAGACUCCUUCGCGAAGACAAGAAAACCGAUUACACAGGCCGUCGGAUAUCACGGAUACAACGCGAGCGGCGGCGGUCGCAGGUUGGAUGGUGCCGCGAGGAUUGAUCCUCGGCAGGACGACGACACGGGAGCCGGAGCCGGAGCAGCUACGCUUUUACGAUUCUCCGUCGCCGCCACCACGGAUGGACGCGAGUGUGUGUUGCUUGCCCGCCGGUGCCGCCGCGGCCGCCACGGGGGUCGCCCAGCAUCACCAUCCUCAUCCGGCGUCGCUGCCCGGUCUAUCAUCCGCCGUCGGCGUCCAGCCGUCGACGAUACAGCCGCCCUACGUCGCUCAGUAUGCCGCCGAUCAGAUAGUGCCCGAUCGGGCCCAGCCCGACGGGCCCCUCGCGGCCGCCCUCGCGGGAUGCAACGCCCAGGACGGCUGGCAGCAGAUCUCGUCGACGGCGCCCGUCACCGCCGCCGCCACCACCACCACCGCGUACAUCGACUACUCGUGGCUGCAGAUGCAGCAGACGUCGGACCUGGACACCUUGCUGUGCAGGCAGGAUCUCGAUCGUCUGCAGAGGCUGGACGAGGAUGAAUCGGACGCGAGAGAUGCGCGGGAGCCGUCGUCGGUGCACAUGGAGGAUUUCUUCGAGGUCGGCGGUCCUACGACAGUGUGCCGGCCACCGCAGACUAGUUUCGUCUCCACCAGGGGUCAGCCGGCGACCGCCGGUCAAGAUGACGACGUGUUCCUGAGGCCACCGCUCUGGGAGGAUAUCACGUCGAGCAUCCAGAAGCUGGAUCCGGAGAACGCGGACAUGCUGGGCUCGCAGUCCCACGUGAAACUGGAGACGGACGAUGUGACGCCGCCGCCGGUCCUGUCUCCGGUGGAGAUCAAGACGGAACCUUUACCGCCCCCGCCAACCCUGCACCUUCUCGAGGGACCGAAUUCCGCGCAGAAUCCCUUCCCGAACCCCGCUAGUGGUCAGCACGUUGUCCAUCAUCGAACGACGACGACGACGACGACGGCGCUCUUCAAGAACUUUCCCAACAACAACAACAACAGCAAUAACAAUAAUAACAACAAUAGCGGAAACGUUAAUAGUAAUGGGGCGAGCGGGAACGGUAACAAUAACGGUAGCGGCGCCAAUAACAACAACGGCAAUAACAACAAUAGCAACAACGGUAACGGUGAUUCGUCGACGACGAAUCAUCAUCAGGCGAGUGGCAACGCGACGUCGCCGCUCUAUGGCUCGAUGACGAGGCUGAUGUAUAUUUCACCGUUGACGCCACCGAUCUCCGAUCCCGGCUCGCCCAUCGGUCCACCAAGACGGACGCCGCCACCCCCGUAUCCCCAGCCUGGCCCCAUCCUGAAUCCAGCCCACAGGAUCCAGUCAUCGUCGAUGUCGUCCAAGUUCAACAGGCGAAAUAACCCGGAGCUGGAGAAGCGCCGAGUGCACCAUUGCGAUUUCGUAGGUUGUACAAAGGUCUAUACGAAGAGCUCGCACUUGAAGGCUCAUCAGCGGAUACAUACGGGCGAGAAACCGUAUCAGUGUCAAUGGCCGGAAUGUGAGUGGCGAUUCGCUAGGAGCGACGAAUUGACGCGGCAUUACCGCAAGCACACCGGGGCUAAACCCUUUAAAUGCGCGGUCUGCGAGCGCUCGUUCGCCAGAAGCGAUCAUCUCGCGCUGCACAUGAAGCGGCACCUCCCGAAGCAGCACACCAAGUGAAGAGCGAAAGAGUAGAGAGGCAAAGAUAAAGAGAAGAAGAGAAGAGCUCUUUUCUUUGCUUCCUGUUUCUUUUCGACUACCUGUAUUGGACGCGCGCUGCGCGGUUUUUCGCCAUUCGGGCUUUCGGAGGCGCGGAAGCUUUUGAUUCGAAUCUGUCAGUUGGAGAGCGUCGAGCGAUUCGCACAGAAAUGCGUAGAAAUUACAAAGUAAAAGCUAUUUUUCAAGUAUUAUUCUCUUAUCUCUAAAAACAGAAUGAUGGCAUGAUAUCGCUAACAGAAAUUGCAUGUGUUUACAUUGUUAUCACAGGCGGAUUUGUUUUUCCAUUUGUAAUCCCGAUCUUGGGAGAUUAUACGAGCUCGGUUAUUUUCGAACCGAUCCUUAUGAUCGUUGAAUCACGUUCAUUUAAGUGCAAUCGAAUUCUCACUCUUGCGAUACGAUUCCGGCUUCGGGUCCUGAUCUCGUCUCGGUCCCGAUUCGCAAUAUACAAUAUACAUACACAUCGACGAAGCAUCGAUCGGGGAUACCUCUCGAAGCCGAGCCGUUUCGACUCCAAUUGCUUCGGUUUACGUUCAUAACUCUUCAGUUAACCGAUUAUGACGAAACACAUCCUCGGUGUGGGUGGCGAUCGCGAGGAUAUAUUUCGUCAUAGCGCUAUAUGCUCACUCACGGACACGAUCCGAGAGUGAGAGACAUUAUACGAUCUUUACGUGUAACUGUAGCGUCGAUGAAUAAAACCCGAAGCCGAGUCGUGCGCGACUGGAAAAGCGAAGCUGGUACUCUCGCAAAGUAAAAGCAAAACAUUUCGCAUUUUAACGAUCUUUUACGUAUUUAUUUCGAAACAUUAUUUCUGAUCAUAAAUGAGUGUGUUCAGCAUUUCGAUGUUUGUGCAAUUUUUGCGAUCGAAUCGCUCAAAAAACAUAACUCCGCACAUCUGCAAUUUACUUUUUUCAUUCUCUCUGUGUCGAGAGUCGCAUCUAUGAAAAGGCUAAAAACUUUUCUGAACAAAAAAAGUGAGAAAAGGAGAAGAAACAUAUUUACAUUUACAGAUAAUAAUGUUUCAACUUGAAUCGAGCGUAAUCGGAAAUUCUACUAUCUUUAUCCGCAUAUUUUUCGCGAGGUUGUUUUUUCCGCUAAAAAGAAUUUAUUUAACUCUUCUCCUACACGACCCAUCGCUUCGCGAUACUCUCGAGUCCUCAGUGAAAUGAUUUGCCAGAUUAAAGUAUCGCUAUCUCGAAAUUAUCGUUAUCUCGAAAUUGACCGCGACUCGAGACACUGUUUGGCGUGUAAACGAUCGUUUACUCGCGGUCGAGCUUAUACCGAGGAAGCUUAAUCCGCGUUUCGCGCGCAUCAUCCUGCGUCGUUUUGAUAGUCGUCGCUAAUGCGAAAUUCGCCGCGAUAUACAUAUUUACCGAGCCUCCUCGAUAGCAGAAACAGAUAGAUAGAUAGAUAGAAGAGCGAGUAUCACGCCUCGUCGUUAUCACAUCCGUAUGUGAGAAACGGCACGAUAUCGUGUGUGAUGCCUUAUGUACAAAUUCGCGUAGAAUCUUGAAGAGAUAAGACGAUCGAUGUGUGUGUGCGUGCGUGCGUGUAUGGACGAAUGUUGCAUCCGUGUGCUAUAUGCGAGUAUGUGUAUUUAUAUAUACGUAUUCUACACACACGCGGUAGUCUAUGUAUGUGCUUGUGUAUACGUGUAAAAAAAAAAAAAAGAAAAAGGAAGGAAAGAAGAUACGCAUCUGAGAUAGCCAUGUGUAGCUAGUGUGUAAUAUUAUCUGUAUAUUACCGCGGAGCGAUGGGCCGGGAAUAAUUCGUUCUCACGUGUGCUCCGAUCUGCCCGAGCCGAUCCAUCCAUCGCUCGUCAUUCAUCGUGCGAAAGGCGUAAACAUUUUCGUGCGAAAACGCAAGGGCUUGUAACGGACGAACUCGUAGCGAUAAUCAGGGACGUAGAAUCUAUGUAAGAGAAAUAAGAGAGCGUUAAAUCCCUUAAAAUCUUCCGAAAUAAUUCUCAAAAAAACUGUCUUUGUUAUCUACUUUUCUUUGUUAUCUUUUUUCUUAUACAUUCUUUCAAUCCGCUAUUGGAUUAGGAACUCAUUAUUCCAAAAUCUUUAUACAGUGAAGGGAAUCUUGUUCUGAAGCGUUUUAUGCCAAUUCUCUGAAUAUUUUUUUUUUUUUUUUAAGAAAAUAUCUUUUAAACAUACUACCUGCGACGAAUGUAUUUCAGUCUAAUUAUCGACUUGUUUGUAUAUAUCUUAUACUGGUCUGUGUAUAUUCUCGUUUAGAUUUCUCUAUAAAGAACAAAUCGAUAUUUAUUUCGUUUAACAUCUUGUUAGAAACUUGGACUAUUAAUUUCAAGUCCCAAGAAAGUUACCAUCCGUCCCUGGCGCUUCGAAGACACCGCGUUAGAUAAAAGGAGAUAGAAGAAGAGGGAGAAAGAGAGAUAGAGAGAGAAAGGCGUCGGCGAAAAGCGAUUUCGCGUAUCUCGGACGUUCCGUUACGUUCCGAUACGAGCAUGUCUCACCUCGGGAGCGCGUGCAGGAGGAGCCAAAAAUUCUGUCUAUAGUCGACGCUUUGUACACAACGCGCAAAUCGUCGUAAUAAUGAUCGAUCGAUCGGAUCGUUAUGUAGUUACGUAGUCGAACGUUAGACGGAAAAAGCGAAGUAUAUAUAUAUAUAUAUAUAUAUAUAUAUAUAUAUAUAUAUAUAUAAUGUGUCUAUUUAUAUCUCUGUCUAUCCGCCUACCUAUCUCGUCACUGCAUCCUUCUGAAUCGAUUCCCUCGAAUUGUCGCCGUCAUCGUUUAAUCCUUCACCCGUGAUCCAAUCGCGACACGUGUUCGUUUUUUUUUGGCGCUCGAUUUAUUUCGUCUCCUUUCGUUCUUCCUCUUCUUUCCCUCCUUCCCUUUUUUCCUCUUCUCGUUGAUAGCGGUUUACUCGCUCCUUAGCCUCCUUAGCUCCUUGUCCUCCACCCACUGUCGAGAGAGAUCGACUUUUUACGAUUAUUCUUAUCUUAUAUAUAUAUAUAUAUAUAAAUGCGAAAUAUACCUCAUUUUUGCAAAUAUGCAGUAAUAGAGUCGACGAGCGCCGCUUUAAAGCGCAUAUCAAAUUUGUAUGCACCUCUUACUCUCAACUUCUUGCGGUCUGUCCAUAAUGUUUACGCUGUAAUUUGUGUGUUGUGUAAUUUAAAUAUACAAUGAUAUAUCUCUCUGUAA